AAGCACACCUAGUGGCAUUGUUUAUGAUCAAUGGAUUCACUUUCCUAUCAUUUCAUUAUCUUGAUAUCUUUGAGAUAACAUUUAUAUAGCAGAUAUAAAAAUUUUAUUAUCGCUAUGAAAUUAUUGACAUCAUGAAACUCAUCUUAAGCAGUGUCUUUAUUCUCGGAUUAGUCCUUGUGCCUAUUCUGGCAUGGGACGUCGCCAAUCCAGAGGAAGAUGAAGAAUUUAAUGACUUUCUGGCGUCGUUGAAGGAAGAAGAUCUACCGACUGAACUCCGACGUGAGCUUAGACAAGUGAAAGGAGACAACAACCAUUGGUGUUGUCGUGUUAGCACAGUAAAGACGAUAUCAAAUACUUACUCACAAAUAAGAUACGUGCAGGAUCAACACAGACGCAAAUCUUACGGCAAAUGUGGUCUCUGGGGUUGGAAAAGAUGUAGUCGUUGGUCCACCACAUACAGCCAAAGAGCAGUUUACGACACCAAAUAUGCAUACAGAAAUGUCAACGUCAGUUGCCCAGCCAAUCACCUCGUAUGUUGCAAUGGCUACCAUAAAGUAGCCAAUCAUUGUCUUCCUCUUGACAAGGUUGGGAAUAAUCUGGAGCAUCUUGAGAAACUGAAGCAAGCAGGAAAACUCGGCAGAAAAAGAAAAUAAACGAUUUCCAUUGGUAGAAACAUUAGCGUAUUAAGCAUUCUUAAAAUUGAAAUGUCAUCAUUAUUGAGUGUCUUUACAAAUAUAUUAAUUCUCUACUAAUUUUAAUUGUGAUUUGGUGAGUGUUGAUCACGUGAUCAUGAACACUAGAUGAGUACCAAGGGUUGCAAUCGAAAUAUUCGUCCGGUGUGGGUGAGCAUGCUAUUUUUCACAAAAAAACUAAGAAAACUUCACAAAUUAUUU